GGUUCACGUGCGAGUGACUUCCACUAGUAGAUUCUUAGCUAUUUGUACAGGGGCUGAACAGGAUAAGACCGUUUCUCGCUUAAAAGUCCCAGAGAAACGAGCUGUCCAGUGAAUAUGUGCGCGGCUGCACGUCGGUACGGCCCGACUCUGACGCUCUUCACGACGCUUUAGAGCGGCUCCGCGCAGUGUUCAGCCACCCCUGUUGCAGUAAUCUUCCCCAAGGACUUUGACUCUCUGUGACAUCAGCAAGGAACAUGUCCAUGUUCAGCACGGGCAUCCUUGUGCUGACGUCUCCUCUCCACACCCUUCCCUUACGCAUCGCUCCAGUGCUCAGCUCAGCUGCUCAGCUCGUCAAGCGCACACUCUACGUCCACCUCCAUCCCGGGUUGAAUCUGGGAAGUGGGACCCAGCCUCGGCCAGUUUUCAUUCCACCAGUAGUGGACGUGUCUAAUCUCAUUACACGCCUGUACAGUAAUGCAGCCGAUGUGUGCGGGCACCUGGAUGUUUGUGUUUUGCUGACUAAUGUUUGCGCUCAGUCAGCUGCAUACAGCGGAUCCACGACUCCAAACUGCCCCUUUCCCACGCCACAGGCUCUGUCUCAUUCACCAGAGGUGGUGCUAACAGACUUCGCUCUUCAGGACCCCGGUCAGUCCCAUCAAGUCACGCAGUGUCUGCAGAGCUACGCUGGCCGCUGCUAUGUCUGUAGGCCUGGCAUACCUUCAGUGCUGCUUCACCCACAGCUAAUGAAAUUGCAGGAGGAGGAGGAUGUUCUGGAAGCUCAACAAGAAAAGGCAGAGCUACUGGAGACUUACAAUGAUGUGGUGGUAGGCGGGACAUUUGAUCGACUCCAUGGGGCCCACAAGACUCUGCUCAGUAUCUCUUGCCUGUUGGCCAAUAGACGGUUCCUCAUUGGUGUGUGUGACCAAGCAAUGCUUAAAAAGAAAGUGCUAAAGGAGUUGAUCGAGCCCUAUUCUGCACGGGUCCAGAGACUACAGGAGUUCUUACAAGAUGUCAAGCCCUCCGUGCAGGUGGAGAUUGUGCCUCUCGAUGACCCCUUUGGAGCGUCUAUAGUUGACCCCCUGCUGGAGUGCAUUGUGGUCAGCGAGGAGACUAGAAAGGGUGGGGAGGCUGUAAACAAGAAACGCAUUGAGAAUGGUCUUCGAGCUCUUGUCCUUCAUGAGAUCCAGUUGCUUAAGGAUGCCCACCACACAGAGAUAGAGGAAGAGAAGAUCAGCUCCUCGAGUCUGCGUGCUCGUCUGCUGGGCACCCUGCUUACACCACCUAAAGACAACUCCCACCUCCCUCCCCUUCCAUAUGUGAUUGGUCUGACAGGGGGCAGCGGCAGUGGAAAGAGCUCCAUCGCUAAGCAGCUGGAGGCUCUUGGUGCAGUUCGGAUUGACUGUGACAAACUGGGCCAUGAGGUGUACCAGCCUGAUACAGCAGCCUAUCACAGAGUGGUGGAGAAAUUUGGGUCAGAUGUUCUGAACGAUGAUAAAACCAUCAACAGACGUGCAUUAGGAAGGAAAGUCUUUGGAAACCAGGAGCAGUUAAAAGCCCUGACAGACAUUGUGUGGCCUGAGAUUGCACUUCUAGUAAAAAAGAAAAUCAACCAAGCCAGAGAUGAAGAUAAGCAGGUUUGCGUGGUGGAUGCAGCAGUUCUUCUGGAGGCCAGCUGGCAAAACUUGGUCCACGAGGUCUGGGUCACCAUCAUCCCUGAGGAGGAGGCGGUGUCGAGGAUAACAGAGCGGGAUGGGGUGACCACAGAAGAUGCCCUUCGCAGGCUGCAGAGCCAGUGGUCCAACAGCAAACAAGUAGAGCAUGCUAAUGUAGUGCUCAGCACGCUCUGGGAACCAGAGGUCACUCAGAAGCAGGUACUGAAAGCUUGGAAUCUUCUUCAGAAGAGAAUUCAACAGAAGCAGGAAGGACAGUAGGAGGAUUUUUGGGUCACUACAUUGUAUCAGCUGUGACUUUGCAAGCAUGUGCCAAGCCAGGGACAUGUGUGGACAAAUGGUCCAUGUAAGGAAAUGCUGCCUUAGAAAGGAGUGAGGGUGGUCACUGGGAACACCCAAGAAGCUCCCUCACUUCUCUAAGACUCAGUGCCUAAUUGACUAUCCACAGGUUUUUAAAUUCUAGUUUUAUUUCAGUGAAUUCCUGUUUGGGAUUAUUAUUGAUUAUUGUUAACUGUUGGCCUCUUCUGACUGAAUGGCAUGUUUUUAAAAGAAUACUGUUACCUGACUGAUAUACCCACUGCAAUCUUACAUUAGCAAAUUCACCUUGUCCGCAGACAUGUCAGAGGAUUUGUCCUCUCUUUACUUUUUAAAAAUUUUUUUUUUUUUUUUUUUUUUAAGAGAAGGAUGUAACAUAAGGGGAAAUGAGUUCAUGUUAAAUACUGUGUAACUGUUUUCUCUGAUAAUACAGUUAAAUGAUUCAUCUUUGCGGUUUGGGGUGUUAGAAAGUAUUUUAGGAAAUUUGUGUCAUAAUCCGAUGAGUAAUUCAUUGUAUUUAGUGAAAUAAAUGCAUUGAGGACUGUAAACAUUUCUAGUCAUAUAAACUGAAUGGAUCAGUCUGAUCACUAAUAAAGGAGAACACCUGAAAUGCAUACUGAGGUAAAUUAGGAUUAGACGUCUGGACUCAGUGUGGGAAGCAAGGUUAUGGAAGCUUGUUUCUGCCAUUGAAAUUUAAAAAAUGCCAUCCAUAAGUCAGAGUUUUGGAUUAUUAGCUCAAAAUUUCAUCUUAGUAACUUAAAAUUGAGAAAAUAAUGAUCCAUCUACCCAUUUUCUUCUGCUUAUGCUAUUCAUACAGUAAGUAAAAAUUGACGCACCAACCAUUGACUUAUGGGUGGUUUUAAAAAAAAAAAAAAAAAAAAAGUUUUCAAUGGUGGAAACAAGCAAUGCACUCAGUGUAGAUGGUACACAAAAUAGAUGAUUCCUUCAAAUUGGAAUUCAAAUACAAUGUAUCUGAACAUUUUCCAAGUGCAUUCCAAGAAAAUCCACUCCUUUUUUGUCUUAGUCAGUUGCUACAUGCCAGUUUCACUGAGAAGAGUUGAACAGCUAAAAAUACCUUGUUUAAAAAUUGUGGCUCACUGGAGACUUUUUUUAAUUUUAGUAAAAGACCACAGUUGUAAAUCAGUGAUUACAUAACAAAAACUAAAUACUAUGCUGUUUUAGCCACUACUACUACAAGGCUUGUUCUGUGAUGUCAAAAUCCACUGUUUUGCCAAAAGUAUUCGCUCGUCUGCCUUCGCACUUAUAUGAACUUCAAUGACAUCCCAUUCUUAAUCCAUAGGGUUUAAUAUGUUGUCAGUCCACCCUUUGCACCUAUAACGGUUUCAACUCUUCUGGGAAGGCUUUCCACAAGGUUUAGGAGUGUGUUUAUGGGAAUUUUUGACCAUUCUUCCAGAAGCACAUUUAUGAGGUAAGACAAUGGUGUUGGACAAGAAGACCUGGCGCACAGUCUCCGCUCUAAUUCAUCCUCCACACCAAACUCUCUUAUCCAUGUCUUUAUGGACCUGCUUUGUGCACUGUUGCGCAUUCAUGUUGGAACAGGAAGGGGCCAUCCCCAAAUGUUCCCUCAAAGUUGGGAGCAUGAAAUUGUCCAAAACCUCUUGGUAUGCUGAAGCAUUAAGAGUUCCUUUCACUGGAACUAAGGGGCCGAGCCCGACUCCUUAAAAAAAACACUCCCACCCCAUAAUCUCCCCUCUACCAAACUUUACACUUGGCACAAUGUAGUCAGACAAGUACCGUUCUCCUGGCAACCACCAAACCCAGACUCAUCCAUCGGAUUGCCAGAUAGAGAGGCGCAAUUCUUCACUCCAGAGAUGACAUCUUCAAUGCUCUAGAGUUCAGUGGCGAUGUGCUUUACACCACUGCAUCCAACACUUUGCAUUGCACCUGGUGAUGUAAGGCUUGGAUGCUGCUGCUCAGUUAUGGAACCCCAUUCCAUGAAGCUCUCUACACACUGUCCUUGAGCUAAUCUGAAGGCCACAUGAAAUUUGGAGGUCUGUAGCAAUUGACAAAGUUGGCAACAUCGGCGCACUACGCACCUCAGCAUCCACUGACCCCGCUCUGUGAUUUCACGUGGCCUACCACUUCACGGCUAAGUUGCUGUCAUUCCCAACUGCUUUCAGUCUGUUAUACCACCACUAACAGCUGACUGUGGAAUAUUUAGUAGUGAGGAAAUUUCACGACUGGACUUGUUGCACAGGUGGCAUCCUAACACUGUACCACGCUGGAAUUUGCUGAGCUCCUGAGAGCA